AGACGGAAGAACAGGUGCUGCGGACCUGUCGGAUGUGCGGCAUAUUCCAGCUGAAUUAGAAGCGUAAAAUGUCAAAUAGCUGCAUGUUAUAUAUACAGUCACCCGCUUUCAGAUCCUGUUCACGGACGUUUGUAUGACACUUUAGCAAAUGAAGCUACAUUCGCCGUAACAUAGUAGAAAACUGCACAGCGCGGAGUCUAACCGGUUAGCCAUGCUACCGGCUGAUAGAAUCGGUUGCAUGGAGGGUUGCCUAACCGGUUAGCUAGGCUAGAGCCUAACUGAAACGCCUGCAUAACCAGGUGGCUAACCGGCUAAUUGAAGCGCAUGCUUAACGAGGUUCCUAACCGGCUAGCGGCUGACAGAAGAAGUUGCAUAGUGAGGUGGCUAACCGGCUACGUAAGUUAGUGACUGGUAGAAGAUUGUAUUCAUCACUUCCGUGAGCUCAGGUAAUUGUACCUGCAUGAAGACGACACACUGGUUUAUGUAUAAGGCCCGGAAUUAAUACAGAGUUCUACCAAAUGGACAAAGACAUGUCUGACAGGGAGCUUAAAGAGGCAUUUGUGAGCAACUUAAAUGGAACAAGCCUUGGUGAAGUGUCCCUGGGCUGUUUCCUUGCCCCUCUCUGUUUGCUCAGCAGGGGACUUUUUCUUCUUAUAUAUCACCAUUGUCAAGGCAUCCUUCCACUUUCCAGUAAGAUGCACCUUCUCCUGGACUUCAGCAUUAUCAUUCUGCCCCUUGUCCUAUCCUGCACAAUACUAAGUGACAUCCUUCACCUUGUCAUUGUGAGCAUGGCAGUGGUAAAUAUCACUCUGCUUAUCUACGUGCACCAUAUCAAAAAGCGCAGAAUCUGCUUGCCCAUCCAAAGUGAGAUCAAGAACUUUUUGUCAAUGAACCUGGAGAUGGAUCGCGUCCCUUUCGUGACCGCCUUCCGAGUCCUUGUGAACGUGAAGACUGCGAUUAGCAUCCUUGCGGUUGAUUUCAGCGUGUUUCCAAGACGCUAUGCGAAAACCGAAACCUAUGGGACUGGGGUUAUGGAUUUUGGAGUUGGAGCGUACAUUUUGGCCAAUUCUCUGGUUUGCCCUGAAGUGCGGAAGAAAGAGGGACGGGUGUCUACGUUUAGCGAUGUGUUUAAGCAAUUGCUGUCUGUCUGGCCAUUGAUCUUUCUAGGAAUGGCGAGGUUGAUAAGUCUCAAAGUGUCAGGGUACCAUGAGCAUAUGUCAGAGUAUGGAGUACACUGGAACUUCUUUUUCACACUGGCUAUAGUUCGAAUGGUUGCCUCAGUGCUGUUGGCUAUAUUCUCAAUAAAGAAGUCAUGGAUUUUGGGUUUUAUUAUUGCAGUAGCUUAUCAGAUGACUCUUGAGGCAACUGAGUUAAAGUCCUUUAUUCAAGAUAGUGAUAGAACCAGAGGAUUUUUAAGCGCCAACAAAGAGGGGUUGUUUUCAGUCAUAGGUUACAUAGCAAUUUAUAUGAUUGGGGUUCAAAUAGGAUUUUAUGUAAUGAAAAACAGAACCCUGGUUAAAGACUGGAUCAGAGCAAUAUGUAACCUUCUUUUGGGAAGUGUUGUAUUGUGGGUGUUUUUGUAUCCUUGUCAGGUAUUUUUAGAGCCAGUCUCACGCAGGAUGGCAAACCUUUCCUUCUGUAUCUGGACUGUAGCCCAGUCCCUCCUUUUCCUUUCCCUUUUAAGCAUUGCAGAUCUAAUUCUGACCUUUGCAAAAAUGUUAUCAAAUUGUUCGCUGGUGUCCUGCUCAUGGGAUCCAGUAAAACAUAGCAAUCCCGAAAGCGUAGUGCUUCACAAGGAAGUUAAGCGGAAACUCGAAGGUCUCUGUCUCAUUCAAGCUGUGAACAGGAACCAGCUGUUAUUUUUCAUGUUGGCCAACAUCAUGACUGGACUGACCAAUGUAUUAGUAGAUACAGUUAAUAGCCAUGAUUUGAUUGCAGUGUGUAUACUCAUUUCAUACAUGUUUAUCACUAGUUUUAUCACAUAUGUUUUACAUCGUAAGGAAAUUACACUGAAAUUCUGGUAACAUAUGAAUGUGGCACAUGAAGUGUAAUAUGUAAUCUGUACAUAAUUCUUUAAAUAAAUAAUGCAUGUGGCUAAUAAAA